GACUUGGUGAUCACGUCAAGGACACGAAAGCCGGCUGGCGACCGCCGUUUUGAUGGCGACCUCGAGCGACACAGCGAGUGCCGCGACGACACACGAGGCGGGCCGGGCAAGCGCCGCCAGCGCGGCGGGCCGUAAGAAGCCGCGGCUUCGGAGAGUCGGGCCUUACGUCCUCUCCGGCCGAACGCUUGGAAUUGGCCGCAACGGCCCUGUCUUUCACGCGAUCAGCCGCCUUGACGGGCUCGAAGUGGCGGUCAAGAUUGUCCGUCACAAGGCUGGCGACGACGCGAUCGACCCGGAGGUGGCGGCGCUGGAGCGCGUGGGCCGCCACCCCAACAUUGCUCGUCUCGUCGACUCCUGCAGGACAGCGAGCGGGUACGACAUCAUCGUGACCGAGGCGGUGGGCGGAGGGGAGCUGCUCGGCCUGGUGGAGCGAGUCGGGCGGGUGCCCGAGGAGCGCGCAAAGGUGCUUCUCGCGGGCGUGGUCUCCGGCGUGCUCCACAUGCACUCGCGCGGCUUGGCGCACCGCGACCUCAAGCUCGAGAACCUUCUCCUCACCGAGGCGGGCGGCUCGCACGUCAAGAUCAUCGACUACGACAACGCGCACUUCGACCCUCCCGCGGCUGCCGCUCAGGGCUGCCUCGGCCCCGCCCUCGAGCCAGGCCUCGGGCGAGGGCGUGCCCCCCUCUCGCUCACGUGCUCGCGCGUCUGCGGCACGAGCUCGUACGCCGCACCCGAGGUGAUCUCCGCGAGCCGCGAGCGGAGGUACGACGGCAAGCAGGCCGACGUCUGGUCGCUCGGCGUGUGCAUCUUCGCCCUCGUGCUCGGCAUCUUCCCUCUGGAAGAGGCGAGCGAGGAGGACGAGAUCGGCCCGAGAUCACCCGAGAGUCGCCCCAGCCCGAGACCGAGCGGGUGCCGAGCUGGUGCCAGCGACAAGGACCCGCGCUUCGAGGCGCUCAAGCGCGCGCAGCUGGAGAACCGCUCAUCCGUCGAGUCCAUCCUUUGCCUGUACCGCCGCGAGGACAAGCUCUCGCCGGCUCUGACGGCGCGAGAUUGCCCGAGAUUACCCGAGGCUCUCCUCGACGGGAUGCUGCUCGUCGACCCGUCCACGCGCCUCACGAUGGCGGACGUGCAGGCGAGCCGCUGGUUCCGCACCCUCGCACAAAGGCUGGGAGACGACCCCGCGCCGCCGCGGACCCCCGCGGCCGGCGGCAAGUCGUUCGGCAAGUCGUUCGGCGGCCUGCUGCGCCUCUCCCUCUCGCCAUACGGCCGGAGCAGCGAGGACGAGUCGAGCCUCACCUCGCCAAGGUCCAUCCUCGACCUGGCGGCCUCGCCGGACCACGACAGGGCGGCCGCGGGCGCGCAGGCGCCGCGCGCCGCAGCCGACUGGCUCGACUCGAAGGUGUCGGCGCGGUUGCGGAAGGCGGGCCACCAGCAGGCCGAGGCGGGCGGCCACCACCGGGCCGCCUCCAUUGGAGUCCCCAUCAUCGACCCAGACACGUCGAUCAGCGGCAGGAGCUUGCCUCGCGGGCAGUGCGAGUUCGACGACGAGGGCGACGGCGCCACCCCUCGUGCUCUGGCUGCAACCCCUUCCACCUCCUCAGCUCUCGCCUCCUCGGCUGCCCCCUCUCCCACCGCCCCCACCGCUCCGGCGAGCGCGGCCGCGUCUCAGCGCAGGGCUGAGUCGUGGCUCCACCGGAUCGGCCGGCGCUGA